UUUUUUUUCGGUCUAUUUCAAUUUAUCUAGGUGGCUGGUGGCUUGCAUACAUUUCUUUCAUUUCUUUGUUUCUUAACCUAGAAAAUAACGCUACUGAUUUCGCCGCAUAAAAUAAUAUAAAUUUAGUUUGUAAAACUAAUAAUAGUAAUAAUAAUGGUUGUAAUUGGGCUUGGAGAAACAUUUCCCGAUUUUUCGGCAAAAACUACCAUAGGAGACAUAACGUUUAAAGAAUGGCUCGAUAAAUCUUGGGGAAUUUUGUUCUCUCACCCCGCGGAUUUCACUCCUGUUUGCACGACUGAGCUGGCUAGAUUAAUCAAACUGAUCCCGGAAUUCACCAAGCGUAACACUAAAAUUAUCGCGUUAUCGUGCGAUUCGGUGGAAAAUCACGUGAAAUGGACCGAGGACAUAAGAGCAUAUGCCAGUCCCAGAUUAUCCGGCGAUAAUUUACCGUAUCCCAUCAUUUCGGACGAGAACAGGGACCUCGCUCUUAUGCUCGGCAUGAUAGACAACGAUGAGAAAGAUUCCGAUGGCAUUCCACUCACAGCUAGAGCUGUUUUUGUGGUUGAUCCGAAUAUGAAGUUGAGAUUGUCGAUAUUGUAUCCUGCCACUACCGGGAGGAAUUUUGACGAAAUAUUGAGGGUUUUGGAUUCAUUGCAAUUGUGUGAUAAGCACAAAAUUGCAACUCCAGCAGAUUGGAAGCAAGGAGAUGAAGUGAUGGUUCAGCCAACUGUACCGGAGGAAGAGAUGAAAACGCUGUUUCCUUUCGUAACUGUAAUGGCUAUGCCAUCGGGCAAAAACUACAUGAGGAAGAUUCCACAGCCCGAUUAAAAAAUGGGGUUUUCAUAAAUUGUAAUCCGAGUUCUGU